GGCUCUGCGAUUCCCCUUCACUCUGUCACUAGACAGCCCAAUGGAGCCUUCUGCAGUCGAACCAAUACCCACCGCGGUCAGCAGCCUCUUGGGUGUCCCAGGGCUUAUCACCUGGGAUGGGGAUGAGGCGAACGACGCGGAGGUGAUCGGUGGCAUCAGGCCCAAGUCCUCUCCUCUCCCACGGAGAAGGAGCGCCAGUGAUUUAAAGGACUGUGAGCUCGAGCUCACCCCAUCCAGCUCUCGGAGAGUGUCCUUUGCGGACGCCCUCGGCCUAAACCUGGUGAAAGUGAAAGAGUUUGACUCGUGGGACAUAACAGUCCCGCUGAACUUCAAUGCCAUGGAGGGAGAGACAGAGGUAGAGGAAUACUACUUGUCCUCAUUAUACACUCCUUUACCAUCCCAAGAAGCCAUGGUCCUGAGAGUUCAGGAGCAGAAGCUAGAGCUGGAGAGCAUUGAGUUACUCUACCAGACUACAAUACUAAGGGGGGUGGUCCGCGUUCUCAAUGUCUCCUUUGAUAAGAUGGUGUACAUCCGCACCUCGCUGGAUGCCUGGGCCACGCACUUUGACCUGCUGGCAGAGUACAUACCAGGGUCCAGCGAUGGAGACACUGACUGCUUCUCAUUCAAGCUCACCCUGGUGCCCCCCUUUGGGGAAAAGGGGGCCAGAGUGGACUUCUGUCUCCGGUACGAGACCCCAGUUGGGACUUUCUGGGCCAACAAUAGUGACCAGAACUAUGUGAUAUUUUGUCACCAGAAAAUCAAGGAGUCGAAAGAGGAACCAGAAAAAGACAAAAGCGGGCACAGGAAAAGCAUCCUGAAAGCCAUCAGUCAUGACUUUCCCUGUGAUGAAAACUGGUCGUCAACCAAUGCUGAAUCUUCAGACGUACACAACCGUGGAGGGAAGAUGGCUAGUGUGAACACUUCCGAGUCUCAGUCAGGAGCACUCCAAGAUGAUUGUCAGAAACUAAUGGUUGAGAGCAGCCGGAACUCCAGCAGAAGAAACCGACGAAAGGCAGCACGAUUGGCGAAGGUGCGGGACUACUUCACCCAGAGAGAGGAUGAGACCCAAGAGAAAGAGAAGGGAGAAGUGGAACCAUCACAGAUCCCACAGGAAAGCACAUUCCCACAGGAAAAGCUUUCAAAUAGGCCUGAGGUACAACCACUGCCACCACAGGGCAGGAAAGGGUUUGGGCUGCAGGCAACAGAUUCUCUGUCUACGUGCAAACUGUCUCCUGGUAUCCCAGACAGCACAUCUUGGCAGGAGUCAGUGAAACCUGAGAAAAUAGACCCAACGUUCCGAUCAGCCCCAUCAGAGCUGAGAGGGAAACAGGCCUCACUGAUCCCCAGCAGCAAGUCAGAUUCAACUGAUCAACCUGCUGCUGGGAGCCAAAAUGGUGAUACGUCUGUUUUCAGUGUAGAGGGAAGUGCUCUGAUGCAGAUGGAAACGGAGAAGGGUGGAUCUGCCAUCAGCACAGACAUAACACAUUCAGAUAACAUUGUCAGGUUGGAGAACAGCACAGCAGGCCCAGUCCCAGGCAGCCAGACCAAUAGCUUUAUGUUUGGUAAUGUUGUGGCCCCACCAUACUGUCAGGGGUUUGGUAGAGUGGAGAGUGGGAGUCCGAGCUUCACCCAUAGAGGGAAUCGAACAAGUGGUCAAUUGCAUGAAUGGGAUUCAACAGCCUACACAGCCCAGAGUUACCCAUCCACAGAGGAAGUAGAAACUCACUCCUGUGUUUCAGCUGAUACUCGUGGAACACCUGAUGACAAGCCUGUAGAUCAACAGGGGUCUCUUAAAUCAAACCCAGAACACUUCAGCUCUGGAUUAAGUACAGAAAGAGAGUCUGAACCUAAACUUCUGUCAGAAGAGGCAGGAGGUCUUCUCAGGACUCACACUGCCCUGAACACUGCUGCUGCUCUCAGGGCACAAAUCCUCAAUGUGAACUCAGGCCUCCAGGGGUCUGAGGAGAACAUUCUGCCUCCUCAGACCCAAAUGCAGCAGGACAGUAAGCUUUCACAAACCCCAUUACCAAACACAACACCUUCACAAACUCCAGUAGACACAGCACUUUCACAAACACAAACUCUGAUAGACGCGACACAAGGCAGUUUCCUACAGUCACAAACUGAAAUGGGGUCAAAGCAUGUCUCUGCUGAGAUGACUCUGCAGGGGGCCAGUUGUGGAUAUGAGAGACCUGAUGAGUCAGAUGAAAUGGAGAACCCUCUCACAGAUGAAUGGUCAACAAGCCCAUUCACAGAAAUAGUAGACACACCUAUAGCCAUGCUAGAGCCUGUGGAUGCUGACCUGAAAGUUCACACUUCAGAGACUGAGGAAAAGAUCACCACUGAGCACCAAAACUUUGCUGUGCCCCGUACGGGCACACCACUGGAGGAAGAAACCAGUGGGACAGCAUUGAAAGAUGAUUCCAUUGUCAUUAAGGAAUGGACAUCAUUGGAGAAAUUAAUGAUGAGAAAACAAACAGAUCAAGUGAAGGAUGAACUAUCAUUUGAAGUGUCAAACAUUUUAUGCAAUGAAGAAAACCGUCAUUCUAUUGACAACGAGGAUUAUGAUGAUGUAGAUGGAGAGAUGUCAAACUAUGUGAGGUAUGAUUAUGAUAAAGACACUGACAAGGGCUCAAAGUUCAAAGAAGAAGAUAUUCAUGAGGAAGUUGAACUGGUAAUGAUGAACAGUAAGAAGUAUUUAGUUCCUACAAAGGAGAUAGACACAAGUAAUGGACAACCAUUUCUAAAGAAAGAUCAAAUAGUAAAAGACUGGGAGGGGACUGUGGAAGAGGAAGACACAAUGGGGGAAUAUGUGGAGGGGGACGAAUGGGAAAUAGAAGAUGAGAUAGUUGUGGAAGAGGAGAUGGUGGUUGGGACAAAGGAGUUGGAGGAGACAGGGGAGGUGGAGGAAACAGAGGAGGAAGUGGAAAAGGAGAAAGAAGAAAUUAUGAUACGGGAAAAGAUAGAAGGAAUGGUGAAGGAAGGAGCGAAGGUGGUGAAGGGAGAGGGGGAAAUGGAGAAAGAAAUGGAGAAGGUGGUAGUUGAAGAAGAGAUGGAGGAUUUAGAGGAGGAGGAUGUUAAGUGGAUAGAGUGGGAGGAAGAGGAGAUUGUAGAGGAAGAGGAGGAGAUUGUAGUGGAAGAAACUGCAGAUGUAGAAGUAAAGGAAAUCGUAGUAGAUGAUCAAAAUGAGUUGGUAGACGAGUUUAGCAUGAACAUGGACAAUAUGAAUGAGGGUGAGGGUGGUAAGAACACAAAUGUAAAGGUCACAGAAAAAUCUAGCCCAGUAGAUAAUACAUUAACAACGAAUGAAGUGUCAAAUCCUUGCCACAAAGAAACUAUCAAUGACGUAAGGCUGGACACCAAGCAUCCUCGAGAUGAAGAAAUGGAAUCUAUCAAUGGAGAAGGGGAGACCUGCAUUCAAUCGGAUAAAUCUGUCAGUGGGAAAGAGGGUGAAGGGGAGGGUGAGGAGGACCAUGCUUCCACAGAGUCUCUGUUAGAGGAUGAGAUAGAGCUGUACAUGCGCAGUCUAAGGGCAGUGCAGAAGCUACGAAACAAGGACUUAGCCUUGAGUCUUGGGAAACGGCCCUCCAUAAGCAGAAGAGGCAGCAAACCGUCCAUGACAUCCAUCAGUGAGUCUGUGGAUGAGGAGCACCCGAGCAACCAGGAAGAUCAGCCAGACACAGACACAGUGGAGCAUCAGCCUACAAGUACACUGCCCCUAGUGGAAGGAGGGCAGGAUAGCACCAGGAGCAAUAUAAUGUGGUGGAGAGAAACAUUUUCUUGGCAUAAUCCCUCAAAAACACUGUUAUACACCAUCCUGUUUGUAGUAUUAUUUUUUGCUGCAUACCAUUAGGACUUUCUGGUCUGUUUUAGACAGGCUGGUUUGUCAGGGGGAGAAACAGCCAAUGAUAAUAAAUAAAACAAUAGGUUGAGACCUGUGAAAAUAUAUUUCAGUGUCUAUAAAGUGCACGACAAUUAAGUUUCAUUAUUUGUCAUUAUGCCUCAUCUCUAAAUAUAGCCUCUAAAUAGAUGUUAAACAAUAUAAUUUAAGAAGCAUGUGCAGUGGCCGAUAAAGAAAACAGAUCUGGCAAUAAGAAUAGGCUGUAGAUAGUCUUGACCAUUUGGGACCCGUUGGCAAUUUCACUCAGGACAGGUUAUAGCCAAGACUUAAUCAAUAUUUUGUUUUGUCUUAUUUAUUGAUAUGGAUAUAGCCUCUGCGUGAUGGGAUUGUGCAACGUAAAUGGUUUUAACAAGCCUUCUUACAGAGUGGAAUUCAUUAAUACAGUGCCUUGCGAAAGUAUUCGGCCCCCUUGAACUUUGCGACCUUUUGCCACAUUUCA